AUACCAUACGGCCAGUGUAUUCGCUGAUUGAACAAGCGUAAUUAUUGAGUUUGUGAUUAACUUUAACUCCAAAGGAAAAUUGCAUGAAUAGAUCUUCACUGCAAAAUAAAUGUCUGAAGUUUCUUCUAAAAAAUUGUUUUAAUUCACAUUAAGUAAGUGCUUAGUUAAUACAGUAUAUCUUAUACGUAAAGCUCCAAGAUACCUACUACUGCCACAAUGGCCCAUACAUAUAUUAAAUGCGCAGGAAAAGUGGUCAUAUUGCGGGGCGAAAAGAAAAUAUACGCAAAACCUGAAUUUAUGCCAGAGUAUUUGGAACAAUACACACAAUUCAACAUUAGUAAGGCAGCAACAAUCGAUUCUAUCAUAGAAAUUAGAGCAUUAUGGGAAUAUGUCGUAAAUAACGCUUUUCAUAACUAUUCGCACAUGUAUUCUCUACUGAAAUAUCCAUUAAUUGACCAGGAAAAGAUGAUAUGCCAGAAGCACAGUGAGAGUUUUGCCGUGUACGAUAAAAUAACAGGAGAGUGGCUCGUCGUUCCAAGCGAACCACCAUAUCAAUUUUGUUACGACGGAAAAGACUUCAUAGAUUUUUCAAUAGCUAAAAAAGAGAAAGAGGGCUGGAGGUUUCUGCUUGUGGGGAAAUUUACAAGAAUGAUGCAAGAACCGAACUUGCUGACUGAAACUGCCACUUGUGGGGCAUAUUAUCAUGAAUUCGUAGCGCCGAGUAUUAGGCUGAUUGUCGGCGUGCCUGGCUGCGGGAAGACAAGGUAUAUUAUCGAGAACCAUAACCCGGGCAGUCUGGUGCUCACGUCCGGUAAAGAGGCAGCUGAAGAUAUACGCAAGCGUAUGGCCGAAAAGAAUAAUGUUCCGCAAGCUAAUUACAGUCGGUCGUACAGGACGAUCGACUCAUACUUAAUAAACAAGCGAGAGAUGUAUGCCGACGUCUGGGUGGACGAGGCGCUCAUGGAGCACCCCGGGAAACUAUUCCUCGUGUGCCUGUUCAGCCGCUGCCGAAAUUUAUACUUGCUGGGCGACCCCAACCAGCUCGGAUAUAUCAACAGGAGUGACGUAACAUUGCUAUACGACAAGUCUUCCAUAUUUUUCAAGCCUACCGAAAACUUAAACGUUUCUUACAGGUGUCCUGUCGACGUUAUGGCCAUCCUGUCUAAAAGAUGUGACUACGACGGCAGCGUGUAUUCAGCAUCAGAUGUUAUGCGCAGUUUGAAGUGUAAAAAUUUUACAUCUCUUAAAGAUGUUCCAAACUCGGAAGGUAUAAAAUAUCUGGUGUUUAAGCAGGCUGAGAAGAAACAAAUGAAGGAGGCUGGGUACGACGUGUCGACAGUGCACGAGUACCAGGGCAAGGAGGCAGCGCGAGUAGUUUUAGUGAAAAUGUCACGCAACUCACGGGAGACACAGUGCGAAUCGGCGCGGCACCUGGUGGUGGCCAUGUCGCGACACAGAGAGUCGCUCGUGUACUACUCCCCGGUGAGAGACAUCCUCAGAAAACUUAUGGAAACGCGAUUGACUGAUGAGGAGCUUAGAAGUCAUCAAAAGUCGCCUUCGUCUUACCUCACACCUGUAAUACACGGUAUUACAAUAAUAAGCGGAGUGGUCCGUACUGCCUAUUACUGUGGUUGUGCUGUAGUUUGUUGGUUCUUAAUUAUUAUUGUUUGGUUUAAGAAUGAUAGAAAAAUACGUAAUAACAAUAGGAGGUAUAUAAAUUAAGUAAUUUAGUUUUUUAUAACGCAGACAUAAUAAUAACAAACCUAACCUAGUAUACCUAAUAUUCUUUGAUUAUUAUAAGAUAUUUAAAAUCUAAGGAAUAAAUCGUGCUCAGUUUGAUAGGUGAAGUAGAU